UUAACAUAAAAGGAGCGGUCGUUGCCCAAGGUUUUGCACAUUCGCUCCACGCGCGUGGGAGCUCAAGGAAUGGUAAUGCGGAUUGCUGCCCGGCGUUCAGACCACCGGCGGGCGUCGAAGUGAAGUGUUUUUUUUCUAUAAUAACGUUUAUAAAUUAAACAUGUCGUUCGAAGCAAAAAUAUAUAGCCUCCGAGUGAUUUUGGUUCUAAUUUCCUUCGCGCCAUUACAAGGGGUUACAGUAAAGCCGGUGCGAUGUCCAACAAAUAAAAUAGCACCUCACAAAAGGUCACCAUAUCUCGGGCAGUACGGAUCCCGAACCUUCGGUGGAGCCUUUUACGAUUUGGUGGGCCCGGGCGCGGGCGGGGCGCCGCUCGACCAGUUGAGCGCGCUGCAGGAGCGGCCGCAGGACGACGACCCGGACGACUGUGGCGACAUCGAGGAUUAUGACGAAACUGACUUGAGUUCUCUCAAUCAGCCAAACACACAUCAAGCGUACAACAAUCGCUUCUUCUUCGGGGGUUUAUUUAAUAGACCUGGGCAGGUCCCGACGGUGCCGCCGACGCGUCCGACGCACAAGCCGUUGCCUACGCCGGCGCCGCCGUACUGGUCGGGCGGAUAUUUCGGCAACAAUCACUACCGGCCACCGGUGCAGCAAGAACCAUCAGACCACGUGAAACCCGUUCACGAAGGUGCUUACGAGAACCAUUCGACGUAUCGCCCGGACAUCGUAGGAGGUCCGUUGGGGCACGUCGUGGGUCACCGUCCCGCGCGGCCCACCACCAGGCCGGACGACCACACCACCACGAGGCGCCAAUACCCCACGCGAUACCCACCGCGACCCACCGAGCCAACAUACACCAGGCCGGCCACGGACAGACCCAGAAUGUUCAACAACGACGGAAUACUCGGCUCAUUCAUUGAUCUACUACUAUUUAAAUGACUUAGUCGCAAAUGUUAUUUAUUUCGCGUAGUUAAGUAGGUAAUGUAAUUGUUGUAGAGCCGAAACGCUCAUGGGUGACCUUUCUUUGUUAGAGUCUAGCAGAAAUACCAACAUUUAACCUUUCACAUUAUACGUCAUUUGCUUGAUGCUGAGACGAGCAGGAACAAAGCGUGUCGGACCUAUAUGACAAUCAUUUUCAAUAUUAAUCUUGAUUAAGGUGUAAACGAAGUAUAUUACCUAGGUACUCGCUGUAGCAGAGUUUGCCGUGGGUUUCAGCUAAUCCAGCGUCUCGGAUAUCAUCCCACACGUCUCUAACGGGGAGCGCGUGACAUACAUAAUUUCAAUAGAGAGCUGGCAAUGGUGUUUGUGAAUUUUUAUGUUCAUUUACCUCAUUAAUUCGUUAAAUACAAGUGAGAAUGUGAUGUCACCGCGAGUGGUGGCUGAUGACGACUGUAAACGCUUUUAGGCGGCUCAAAAGUUCGCAUGUGUUUUACACAGAGUGACAGUGCUAUUGUGUUUUAUCAAUGCGAAGUUAAUUAAA